AUGCCCCGUUCUUCUCGCACAAGUGAACUGGUAUACGAUCCUGAGGUUGAGAAGGCAGCGCGUAGGCGAAGGCAAGAGACCAAGAGACGAAAAGAAGGGCGCUUAUUUUCUGCAAACGAGUCAAUAGAAGACGAAUUUAGCAUGGCCAACACCCAGACAUUAAGGGAGCUGGCUACCCCAGAGCUGACUCAUCAACCCUUGUGCAUCACGUUCCCAACUCUGGCUGAGAAUACCUCCUUCGAGCUGAAAUCGGGAUUGAUUCACCUCUUACCUUCGUUCCAUGGUCUUUCUGGUGAAGAACCCCACAAACAUGUCAAGGAGUUCGAAAUAGUUUGCUCUAGCAUGAAACCUCCUGGGGUCACUGAGGAGCAAAUAAGACUUAGAGAUUUCUCAUUCUCUCUCAAGGAUGCAGCGAAAGAUUGGCUAUACUACCUACCUGCAGGUAGUAUCAUCACGUGGGCACAAUUGAAAAAGAAAUUCCUGGAAAAAUUCUUCCCCACAUCCCGGGCUGCUAGUUUAAGAAAGGAAAUAUGCAGCAUCAAGCAGUACUCCGGAGAGUCAUUGUACGAUUAUUGGAAAAGGUUCAACAAGUUGUGCACUAGAUGCCCACAGCAUCAGAUUAGUGAACAACUGUUGAUCCAGUACUUCUAUGAGGGGCUCCAGUCAACUGACAGGAGUAUUAUUGACGCUGCGAGUGGAGGAGCCCUGGUGAACAAGACACCGAGGGAAGCGUGGGAGCUUAUUGAAACCAUGGUAGAGAACUCUCAGCAGUUCGGCUUCCGUGAGAGCAAUCCUACCUGUAGAGUCAAUGAGGUAGAGACGUCAUCCAUCCAGCAGCAACUGUCAGAGUUGACGUCUGCUGUUAGGCAAUUGGCCAUGAGAGACACACCGCGAGCAAAGGUGUGUGAAAUCUGUACUAGCAUGGACCACUGUACGGAUACGUGCCCCAUUCUGCAAGAGGGCGGGGCGGAACAGGUAAAUAUGGCCGGAGGCGUGCCCGCGCCCCGCAGGCAGUAUGACCCGUACUCCAACACAUACAACCCCGGUUGGAGAGACCAUCCCAAUCUCAGUUAUGGGAACAGGCAACAAAGUUCAUUCCCGAAUCGUCCACCAGGAUUCCACCAGCCUUGGCAAUCAAAAUCUCAACCCUCAUCCUCCAAUUCAGGAAGCUCCUUGGAGGACCUAGUCAAAAGCCUGGCCACGACUACUACUCAGCUUCAUCAGGAGAUCAGAUCCUUGACAGCAAAUACCGCGCAGCUCCAGCAGGACAUCAAAGCGGACAAGAAGGACCAAGAAGCUUGA